UCGUGGAAACGCACUUGCUACCCUGGCAGCUGUGGACCUUCCAACCUAUCGGGCUCGUGUUCGUGUGCCACAAACUUUGGCGGUCAAAACUGUUUAACAAGUAAGUAAUAAUUAAAAGGAAGUGCACCACAUUAUAGUAUUUCAUGACACACGUCAUUGCAAGCAAUCAAAAGCUGAUUUUACAGAUCCGAACAUGGAAUGACAUGUCCUUAUAAAAGGGAAAAAAGGUGUGGUCAUCGUAAAUUUGUGCAGACUGAACAAGAUUGUAUUCAACCGCAUGUAUGUCAUAGAUAUUUGCGUAACCACACAAAAUGGUGUUCUUGUCAAUCAUAGUUGAUAUUAUUUGUGACGAAAUGUGUAACUACUUUUAGUACGUGCUCAACCUAUCAUGCAAUAUUGUGCGGGGAAAAUGAAACGAAUUGUGAACGGCUGGGAGAAGGACACGGUGGAGGCUGGCUGCAAUGCAACGACAGCAACAUCUACAUCCUGGACAAACCUUAGGUUAACAGCGUCGACCAUGCAGUUUGAGGCGGAAUGGAAGUCUUUGUUCCAACCAUCGGGGAUGCCGACUACGCCGUAUUACAUCAAUAGAUACAGUAUAGGGGUGAUUGCAGCUUCUACAGACUGGAGCAUGGAGAGAGGUAGUACAAUACUUCACCAGGGAACCUUGACGUGCAAGCACAGUAACAAUGGUUCACCGAACACGUCCAUACAAGACUGUACUAUAAAUGCCAUGAUUCCAGAAGAACCUCGACAUGGAGACAGGUAAGAAUUAUGGGUACUUGUCAUCUAAUGGCAGUGCUUCCGUUUUUGAAAAUGCCAACUAGAGAGAAGGGUCUCUAUCUAAUCAUUUUGAGCAAUAAAGUGUUUUUGUUCUCGUACAGGUUGUACUUUACCGCAAAAGCGUCAAACGGCGGAUAUGUCAAAAUAAACAACUACGACGACUCUACAGGAGAUAUUACAAUCGCCACUGAGUACUUCAGUGGGCGGGAGGUUUCUCACAGAGCGCACUUCACGUUUGACUUCCGCAAUCCCUACCAUUGUUCAGUCAGAGGACCCUGUACUGAUGAGAUGUUGGAGAGAGGCCCAGCAAUUACC